GGGAAAGCCUGGGCGAAUCUCUGGCCUUUCCCGCCGCGGCGCCGCCUCCUGCUGGGCCUGCGCCUCCUCCUCUUCCUCCACUUCUCGUCCUCCUCCUCCGCCUCCUCCUGAUCUCCCUCCUCCGGGUUCCCGGCUUCCUCGCCGCAAGCUGGCGCUCUCUGCGAUGGCGACCCGAAGCCCCGGCGUCGUGAUUAGUGACGAUGAGCCCGGUUUUGACCUAGAUUUAUUUUGUAUACCUAAUCACUACGUCGAGGAUUUGGAAAAGGUGUUUAUUCCUCAUGGACUAAUUAUGGACAGGACUGAGCGGCUUGCCCGUGACGUCAUGAAAGAGAUGGGGGGCCAUCACAUCGUAGCCCUGUGUGUGCUCAAGGGGGGGUACAAAUUCUUCGCUGACCUGUUGGAUUACAUCAAAGCCCUGAACAGAAACAGUGACCGAUCCAUCCCUAUGACCGUGGAUUUCAUCAGACUAAAGAGUUACUGCAAUGACCAGUCAACCGGGGACAUCAAGGUCAUCGGUGGAGAUGACCUCUCAACUUUAACUGGAAAGGUAUGUGUUCUGGAGAUGGACAUCAUUGACACCGGCAAAACGAUGCAGACAUUGCUGUCCUUGGUCAAGCAGUAUAAUCCAAAGAUGGUCAAGGUUGCAAGCUUGCUGGUGAAAAGGACCCCUCGCAGUGUUGGAUACAGACCAGACUUUGUCGGAUUUGAAAUUCCAGACAAGUUUGUCGUGGGAUAUGCCCUUGACUAUAAUGAAUACUUCAGGGACUUGAAUCAUGUUUGUGUCAUCAGUGAAAAUGGGAAGGCCAAGUACAAAGCUUAAAACGUGAGCGUUCCAGUUGGAUUUGGGAUUCCAGGGAAGACACCGUUGACGUUAGCAAAUGUUCUAGUUCUGUGGCCAUCUAUCUGCUUAGUUGAGCUUAUUGCAUGCUUCCUCUAAAGAAUUGUGUCUGUUUGGGAUUUUAGAAGUGUCAGUUGCUGCAUUCCUGAACUCUUUUAUUUGCACUACGAGCCUAGACUAUCAGUUCCCUUCGGCUGGAUUACUGUUUGACUCAUGUUUGUGUCUCAAGUGACACCACUACUGAAUGGAAAGAUUGAAAUCGUAUCUGUAAGAAACAUUGAAAGAGAAGAUAUAUUAGUUUUUUAAUUGGUAGCCUUUUUAUAUAUUCCGAAAAGAGCAGAAAUGCAGAGUGUUAAAGAUGCCACUGUUGUUUAGUCCGUUUGCUCAGCGACAGCAGCACCUCAGAGGUGAUGUUAGAACAGAUACGCCACGCAGCCUGGAAUUAUUUUAGGAACGUUUCCCUAGUACUAACUGUUAUUUUUCUGCUUGUUCAGAUUAGUGCUGGUGAUUUGUUAACAGUUAUUUCUUUUCAAUACUCAAAUAAAUUCCAGAAACUACCACUUUUUCAAUUCUUAAGUGUAUCAAUUUAUCCUUAAAAUAAAGGCUGUCUCUUUCAAAACAAA